GCUGAGGUUAGUCAUUAACACAAUUUAAACAUCACAUCCACCAUUUUAUCCCUUCCCAAUAUUUCAAGAUCCCUCAUCUAAAAAAAAUCUUGUUCCUGGCCAUCCUUGUUCAUAGGUUCAUCUGUCAGGCUCUUGCCAUUAUGUCAAGACUCUUUCUCUCUGUCUCAGCAUUGGUUGCACUAUGGUUUUCCAGUGCCCUGUGCAUGUCAGUGUUCUCCAGCAGCCCACAAGCCCACAUGCUUCUGAGAUCCCGAAGAGCCAACAGUUUCCUUGAGGAGAUUAAACAGCCAUCUUUGGAGCGUGAGUGCGUGGAGGAGGUGUGUAACUUAGAGGAGGCACGAGAGAUCUUCCAGACUACAGAGGCUACGAUGGAGUUCUGGACUAAGUAUUCUGAUGGAAACCAGUGCAAUCCCAAUCCGUGUGCGAAUGGAACCUGUGUUGACCAGUAUCAGUCUUUCACAUGUCUGUGUAAUCUUGGAUAUGAAGGGAAACAUUGCGAGUACCGGGUCACAGCCACGAGCUGUGAAGCAGAUAAUGGUGACUGUGAUCAUGAGUGUGAAAACUGGAAAGACGGCAAAGGCCGCACUUGCAGCUGUACUGAAGGAUACGAACUCCAUGAAAACUCCAAGAAAUGUGUGCCAAAGGGUGCUGGUUCAUGUGGACAGAUUCUGCUUAUAAAGUCAUCCUACAAGUCUAAGCCCACUGAGGGAUUACAGCCAUGGGUCAUUGGGGGAGAAGUGGGGAAAAAGGGAGAGAGUCCAUGGCAGGCUCUAGUACUGAAUGCCAGUGGCAGAUUUCAUUGUGGAGGUGUUCUGAUUGAUAAGAACUGGGUACUCACAGCUGCUCACUGCUUGGAAACAAGUGUGCAUUUUGGUGUUAGGUUAGGUGACUACGAGCGUUUUAAGAUGGAAGGUACAGAAGUCACCUUGCGAGUGACGCGUGCCAUUCCACACCCAAAGUAUAACCCCUCAACUGUGGACAACGACAUUGCUCUGUUGGAACUGGAGUCACCGGUACCCUUUUCAAAGGACAUUCUGCCUGCGUGUCUUCCAAGCCAAUCCCUAGCUGAACGUGUGCUGCACCGCGAAGGUACUCUAACCGUGGUUACUGGCUGGGGCAAAGACAACGUGACUGCCCGCCACUACAGCUCAGCUCUCAAUUUCAUUGAGAUCCCUUUGGUGUCCACCUCUGAGUGUGAGAAGCACAUGGCAAACAACCUCACAAAUAAUGUGUUGUGUGGUGGAAUACUAGGCCAAAUGAAAGACGCCUGCGAAGGAGACAGCGGUGGUCCAAUGAUGACUCUCUUUCAUGAUACAUGGUUCCUCAUUGGCCUGGUGUCCUGGGGAGAAGGCUGUGGCAAUACAAACAAGCUGGGAAUCUACACCAAAGUCUCCAACUACAUGGACUGGAUAGACAGCGUGCGCAAAGGGUCAGACAAGGCCUAGGCCUUCUCUAUAAAUACUCUUCACCCACCAACACCAUGUUUUGCUGCUUGUCAUAGACACAAACAGCUUUAAUCAAUCAAACACCACAAAAAGCCUCUUUGUGCACUUUUGUGCACUCCAGAUUUGGUACUAUAACUUGUGUGAUGAAUAUACGUUUAUUAUAUCGUAAAUACAGCAGUUGCAAAUAAAGGAUGAAGAUACAAAGAGCACUGUUAUAAUCUGUACAGCUGUUUCACAAUUUAAUAUAGUAUGUGCAUAAAGGGAUUUGUCUCACUGAACAACAAAAAUUAAUCACUCUGUGAGUUUUAAUUCAGGUUCAAUAAAGAUUUCUAGUUCAUUUUUUCUCCCAAAAACA